AGAGUUCGAAUGAGUCACGUGAAGUGUAAAGAAGUGAUCUGUGGGUGGUAAUUACUAGAUCCUGUGAUAGGAAUUACGUUUUUGAGCACCUUAAGCACAGAUUGCGUGAAGGAAAAUCUCAGAUUCACAGUAGUAGCUAUUGUUUUUGUAUUAAUUCGUUGCCACCUGGACGAAAUUUUGUCAUUCACCGCGUGGUCGCAUAUUGUUUCAAAUGAGUAAAAAAGGAAAAAAAACAAAAGGAAAGACUCUUCCUCUCAAUGAAUUUUUAGCCACUGGCCCAACACCAGGCGUUGCACCUGUUGUAACCCGUAAACUUGGCGGCAGCUGGGCGGAUGAUGUGGAUGAUGAUGAUACAGACACUGGUCGGCGUGUGGUGCUCCCGACUGCACCUCGAGCUACAUGGGGAACUGAUGUGGAUGACUCGAUUGUACCCCGUGACCCACCGUAUACGGCCUUCCUGAGCAAUCUGCCAUUUGAAACUGAGGAGGAUGAACUAUAUAAUGUCUUCAGGGAUUUAAGGGUUCACAGCGUUCGGCUGCCCGGCGGAGAUCGCGGGAAGCGAGGCUGUGGGUAUGUGGAAUUCGAGGACCGUGGCAGCCUCAUCUCCGCCCUGGCGAUGAUUGACACGCAGCUGAAAGGCAGAAAUAUACGUAUCGCUGUAGCGGACAACGUUUCAGAUGACAGGCGGCGGGGCAUGAGGGAUCGGGAGAGGGGGCUUGACCCCGACCGCAGCAGUGCGGGCGACUGGAGGUCAGGCCCACGCGAUGAGCCUCCGCCGCGGGACUCGUGGGAUGGUCAGAGGAGAGGCUUUGGCGACCGCUUCGGUGAUAGAGAUCGGGGCGGUUUCGGGUCUCGCGAAAGAUUUGGAGACCGGGGUGGUUUCCCUUCAUCUGGAGGCGGGCGGUUCGAAGACAGAGACCGUAGAAGCUUUGGACCCCGAGGCUUCGACGAGAGAGAUGGCCCGCGCAGAGAUGACUUCCCAUCAGGUGAGCCAUCACAGAGGCCACGGCUGAACUUGCAACCCCCGCACAAAACCUCUGGAGGAAGUCGCCGCUCCCAUUGCGAAACCUCCCGAGCCAGCACCGGCUAACUGGCGCGAAGGCUGCCUCGGUAUUUGGUGGGGCUAAGCCCGUGGAUACGGCAGCCCGAGAGCGGGAAAUAGAAGAGCGUCUGGCUCUGCGAACGUGGAAUGUUGGGAGUCGGGUGCUGGCGGACCCCCAAGUAACAGCAA